AUGUUUUCUUCACCCGUCUUCACGACAGCUCUCCGCCACCAGAAUCGUUGCUUUUCCUCAACAGCAUCUCGAAAUGCAGACUUCACUCAUGCCGUCAUUGGAGCUGGAGCAGUCGGCCUUGCAAUCGCGAGAAGGCUACAAAAAAUCGAUGGCGCUUCAGUCGUCUUGAUAGAGAAACAUGACAUGAUCGGCAGCGAAACCAGCAGUCGAAACUCCGAAGUUGGUCUUGCAACAUGUAUACCUUGAACGCCAGCUUACGUCCAGUAGGUGAUCCACGCCGGCUUGUACUAUGGACCGAACAGCCUGAAGACUCGCCUCUGUAUCCAAGGCAAACGGAUGCUUUACGACUACUGCGCAAAGAACAGCGUCCCGCACAAAAAUUGUGGCAAGUGGAUCGUCGCCCAAGACGACACGCAGAUGCAAGAAUGUCAGAAAGUGCACGAUUUCGCCAGAUCGAUCGACGUUCCGAUACGAUUCGUCUCGCGAGAAGAAGCCCAGCGUCGCGAACCGGACGUCAGGGCCGAAGCCGGUGUGCUGGAGAGUCCUUCGACGGGAAUCGUGGAUUCUCACGGCUUGAUGCAGGCUUUGCUGGGAGACUUUGAGAAUGCCGGAGGCACUCUCGCGCUCGUGAGUCCCGUCACGAGGAUCGAGGCGCCUUCGGCCUCGAAUGGCGCAGAUUGGAGGAUCUGGACAGGAGCAGGGACCUCGCCGCCGGUGCCGUCUUCUCCUACACCUCAGACCCCGACCCAAUCUCCCGCCCCGGAGGAAGACACCUCCAUCACGGCCUCGACCCUCAUCAACUCCGCGGGCCUCUACUCCGUCGCCCUCUCCAACCAGAUCCUCCCCCCCGAACGCCACCAGAAACAACACUACGCCAAGGGCUCCUAUUUCACCUAUUCCAAAUCCUGCCCCAAGCCUUCCGUUCUCGUCUACCCGGCUCCCGUGCCCGGACAUGGCGGUCUCGGCACACAUCUCACCAUCGACAUGGGCGGCCAGGUCCGUUUUGGUCCCGAUGUGGAAUGGGUCGAUUCUCCCGAUGAUCUGGCACCUACGGCCGAUUCCCAACGCUUCGCGGCCGCUCUGAAGGAUAUCCAGAGCUAUCUCCCCGGGAUAGAUACCAGUGCCGUUGGAUUGGGGUACGCAGGUAUAAGGCCCAAAUUAGGACGUCUCAGCGCCGUGGCAAGUGGAAAGCAAUUUCAGGAUUUCUACAUCAAGAAUGAACAAGGCUUUGGCGGUACCUUUGUAAACCUCCUUGGGAUAGAGAGUCCGGGUCUGACAAGCUCUCUGGCGAUCGGAGAGGAAGUGUACAGACUUUUGUACAAAUGA